UCUCACUUGUUAUCAUGGCUUUGAGUUACGCUGAAAAAGGGUUUCUACUACUUCUUGUACUAACUGCCUCUGUGACGUUGGGAAUCUGUCAGGAGAGAACCAUUGUUGUUGGAGGCUCCGAAGGUUGGCGUUUCGGCUUUAACUACACUGACUGGUCUAUCCAAAACAGCCCCUUCUAUAUCAAUGACAAACUUGUGUUCAAGUAUGAUCCUCCAAAAGACCCGGAGUAUGCUUACAGCAUUUACCUGCUGCCAACUCUCGACAGCUACAUAGCAUGCAACUUCACCGGAGCGGAGCUUCUGGCCAACGCGACGGAAGGAGCGGGUGACGGCUUUCAGGUUGAGCUGAGCAACUGGAGACCUUAUUACUUUGCCAGCUACGGCGAUGACGGCUACCACUGCAAUGACGGGCUCAUGAAGGUCGUUGCUGUGCCAUGGCCUCAAGUUUGAUCAAAUAUGUUGAGAACGAAUAUUUGAUGUCGCUGGAAAUAUAUUGGAAAAUCUAAUUCACGUGAAAAUAAAGGUUGUUAAGAGUAGUCUAGUGAGUAAGAACCACCAAGACUCUAGUUAAUUUACUUAUAUAUGUUCUGAUUGUCAUGGUACUUUGUGAUGGUACUUAUUCUACGUGUUUGAGGAACUUAUAAUUAUGUUCGAGAUCGA